AUUACUUUUUAUGAUUCUAUAAAUGAAGUACUGACAUAAGUCCAGUACCUUCAAAGAGACCCUUAUACCAUGUCCAACUGAAAUGCACAUAAACUUGUCUCUCGACAAGAAAUGCUAGGACAAGACUUUACCGUCAUUUAUAUUAUAUUUUAUUACUGCGUUACAGUAUCUACACUGUAUACAGGUGAAGUCAGCCUAGACGAUUAUGGGAGCAAGGUUGGUAGAAGAGAUCCAACCUUCGAUAAAAAGAAGAAAAUCAAUGCAGUGCUGUUCUUUGCUGACACUUGUGCAGAUGGGGAUUAUACCAAUUAUACUGGCUUGAACUGCUUGAAACUGGAGAAAAAACCAGAAAUUAAGCAUUGUUCCGACGUUCCAAGCAGUAUGUUUGCACGAAAGAAGAGAAACUGGAAAUUUAAAAGGCACACUUGCACUUGCUACGCUCGGCUGCAAGAAUCUAUCAUGUCGUUGCUCAACUAUGCUCAGAACUCACUUGGAAUGAUCACAGCCCUGGGCUCCCUGUCGAAUCACAGCUUCAGCAACAGCAUCCGCUUCGGCAACACUGAGAUAGACAUCAACGACCACUUUGAACCUGAAAACUCCGGCGCCUCAGACGACGCCAUGCGGGAAAAGAUCAAGAAUGCCCUGAACGCUGGUCCAGGUGCCAGUGACAGCACCAAGGAGGGAGACGAAGGCUCCGGUACUCCCCCUGACAACAAGGAGGACAACAAAGAAGAUAACAAGGAGGACAACAAGGAAGAUAACAAGGAUGACAACCAGUACCAGAAGGUGCCGCUGCUGAACGUCUUCCCCAAGGACUCACCUCCGCCUCCCCUGUACGCCUUCACCGACGAGGAAGAGCGGAGAAAGAGGUCAGAGGGGCCAUAUGUGUUGGAACCAGAGCACCGGGAGGUCUUUAGGAUCAAGACGAAGAGAGAUGCGAAGUUGUCGAAACCCAGGGAGAUUAGGGACCCCACUUACUUGCACAGGGAGCCGAAGAUCAACACGAUCUUCGACAUCAUGGACAUCAUGACCAGCAUGCAGAAGUCGUUGUUCGGCAGCAUGUUGCAGGAGGAGUCUGAUACCUACAGCCACGACGGCGAGGCCUGUCCCUACCCUCACAACGUCUUGGGCAGUGUCAGACAACCAGGCCUCUUCGAGGUGGUCCACAAGACCCUCUACACAGUCAUCAACUCCUCCGACACCGGCUUCCUGAUGAUCAUCAUCGGCGGCAACCUCUCCGACAUAGCCUGCUCCUUCACGCCACUGGUGCAGAGCAUAAAACACGUGGCCGAGAACACGGACGAAGACUCCACGCUGAUCGUGCUGACGGGCACAUGCCCCAACGGCCCUGACGCCAAAGUGAAGCUGCCUUGUGAGGAGCUCAAUAAAAGACAUCUGCCUCUUUUCGCGACAGGACCUGGCAGUGACGAGUUUUGCAACUGCUACGAACUCUAUGACGUUCCGUUAACGGUGAAGAGAAUUUUGUCGAGAUAUAAUUCGAACAGUAAAGAAGCUCCACCUCAAGACCUUGAAAUAGCUGAACGUGGAAGACAAAAAAGGAGCAUCAUUGAAUUGGAUGAAGAGGAGGAUUAUGAUGAAGAGGAUGAGCCUUUUCACUACGACUCAAGGCGCGCUGCGCACGUCACUGGGGGAACGGUGAAGCAGAAGAAUAAAAAUGGUUGCAGUGUUGUCGAAGUGCCCGUAGGAAUUAUAUAUUUGAAUUUAUUUUCUAUUAGUAUUUAUUCGAUAUCAAUAUAUCAGUGAUUGUUGAAAAUA